AUGUCCUUCUCCCUUUCGCCCGCGCCAAUCUGCCGCACCAACAACGCGUCGACGCCUGGCAACUCGCCUCACCGGCUGCAGCGGUACGGGAGCUGCACACCGUCCGCAUCGUCCAAGGCCAUUCCGUUUCCGUGCUCCUCGAUGGUCGCCGAUGGCCGCCGCAAGAGUCAGAGUCCGCGGCUGCUCGGAGGCGUCUUUCGAUCUCCCACGUCGCAGCAGCAGCUCGACCCCUACGCUCCUGGGCCCUCGACGCUCAAAUUGAUGGAGUCUCCCUCGGCAUCGCCGGCCAAAGAAGCGCGCGCACGCAAGCAGGCCCGUGAAGCGGCGGCCGCAGGCAGGCUGACGCGCGGCCCCGCGAGUCGACUGGCGCGCGACGCCAUGCCUGCCAGCGCCUGGACCAGGAGUCGCGGAUCGAGCCACCAGCAUCGCCACGACAGCAGCGGCAGCGACGACAUCGACGACGACGCGCAAGACCCGCCUCGCGACCGAUUCGACCUCUCGCCCGCCGCACCCACCGCAACGGCCGACGAGGAAGCGGCACGCCAGGCCAGGAUCGAGACCGCCUCGGCCAACGCCUUCCGGGCUCACCAUCGCCUGUCCCAGGUCUCGGGCGGAGGCAACAGCCAUACGCCGGGCCCGAACCCCGCCUACGCCCUUGAACGCCACUUUGCCACCUACGUCAGCAUGACGCCGCCAGCAAGCUUCGGAUCUCGCACAUCGAACGAAACCCCAUUCGCCGCGAGCUACGGCCAGCAGCCGGCGCUCGCCCCGGCGACGGAGCUGCGGCCGCCCACCACCGGCAUCCCGCGCUCCCAGGCAUUCGGCAGCCUCGCUCCGCUUUCCAAGCUGGUCGCUCCCGCAAGGGACUCGGCCAAUCUUUGCGGCGACGACGGCGGCGAUGGCCAGGACCUCGGCAUGCCGGUCGAGGCGAUACCUUCGAGGCGUAGCCGUGGUCCUUCCGACGCGGGCAUGCAGGGGCUCGGCAUCUCUGGCGCCGGGGGCUUUGACGCCUGGCAGCAACGGGACGACCUCGUAUCGGACGCAGAGGAAGAUCAAGAGGUGGAGCAGGGCAGAGGCAUCUUCGCUGGCUUUACGGCGCCCUCGAAUGCAACUCGCGCUCGAUCGAGGACGGAGCCCGAGACCCUCCGAGCUUCAUCAUCGGUCGGCUCGAGACGUGGCAAGGUGCCGUCGUUCUUGCGUUCCAAGGAGCUUGCCGCCGACAACGAAGCCUCCGCGAUGGACGUCGACUCGGACAAUGAGGCAGAUGGCUUGCCCCUGCCCUCGCCCUCUCCCCUCGGCGACGCCACCUUCGGCGGGCAGGCUUGUCGCGGCAUGGCAGCUGAUCUCGCUGAGCCGCUGCUGCAGCCAGGCUUGCGGAGACCGCCGACGGGUGUCGACGACGCUCCCACUGGUGUUUCAGCACCCGCUGCGCACUCUUUGGUCGUCUCGAUGACGCCUGACCGGAGCCGCGCAAACGGAUCAAGCCGGGGCCAGCGCAGCCGGGCUCUCUCGUCGGCAGCGGUGCCGCGACCCGUACCCGAAUUCCUCACGCCGCGGAGCUCGAGCUCGUCUGCACUCAACGGAGACAAGCUCGCCGGCGCCGCCACCCUCUUCAGCUUCGCAAGCCAGCCGCGCCCUAGCACGCGGUCAGCGACACAGACGGAAAGCGUGACGCCGGAGCCGUCGCGCGUCGCGAAACGGCGGUCCAUCGGCGCUUCACUCGCGCCCAUGAGCGCGGGCAAGCUGUUCCAGAGCGAGAUUGCGGCCACACAAGGCGACCUCGACGAUACGGAACCGCCGUCGCCGUCGACUGCGGGCACGUGGCCCACGGAUCUGCUGUCGACGCCUUCGUCCUCGGUGCGGGCCAGGCGACGUGCGACGCCGAGCUCUUCGAGCCUCGCCGACGACUCGAGGUACGCCGACACCAGUCUCGACACGCCUAGCCGCAUCUUCGACCCCAGCAACCUGGGUGCGGACGACAGUGGUGUGGCAUUCGGUGGCGGCGAGGAGGAGCGGCACGCCAUGUCGCUAAAGAAGGGAAGCGGCCUGCUCGCAAACAGCCUGGGGCUCCGCAAGGCAGCAACUGGAGGUCGUCGUUUCACUCACUCGCGCAAGUCCCUGUCGGCAGACAGCCUGACCUCGCCGUCCAAGGCCGAGGCCGAGGCAAUGACGGCGACACCGCCCCGCCGGGAGGCGAGCUUUCACGGCAAGACCCCACACUCUCGCGCGCCGAUCUCGAAGUUCAACGCCUUCGGGCCAAAGGAGAGGUCGGCGCUGAUUCACGAGACCCGGUGGUCCGAUGGCAGCUCCGCCACUUCCACACCCGAUCGCGCUGCGGCCCUCCAACAUUCCGUCCGCAAGCCCUUCACCAGCCCGGCGCGGGGCCUCGCAGCCAACAGCUCGGCGCCGUCCCACCACUGUGCCGACGGCUCGGCCUCCAAUGCCACGUCAAGCUACAUGACGCCGCAGAACUUCAAGAGCGUCAAGCCGCUGCAGGCUGCCUUUAUGUCGACCGGUCUGGUCAGCAAGCGCAGCCGGCCGAGGGAGAACUCGGAGGGAUCAAAUGGAGGCGGAGGCGGCCCAGACAACCUUCCUGCACCGCCCCGGCCCAACUUUGGCAGCGCCCUCGGCCUGCGCGAGGUGGUGGCCGCCGCCAACGCACACGCCGCCGCCAAUGCCGACAGGACUAGCCACGCGAUGCCAGAUACUCCAGUCAAGAAGGGAACUGCCAGCAUGAUCCCCUUCCCCGUCGUUGGAGGCGUUGGAGGCGGUGGUGGUGGCGGCUCGUCGCUGCGGCCACCUGCUCAGGCGGCUCGAAGGGCGCCCUCGCCUCUUGGGAUGCACUCGCCCGCCGCAGACUCGGUCUCGAGCGGCUGCAGCGCCGACUCGCCCCUCUUGCCGGACGCCUGCGACAGCCCGACGUUCAACCUGAUGGCGCUGAGCCCGCCGACGACCGAUCACGAAGGCCCGCGGCACGGCCACGGCCACGGCUGGCCGGCCUACAGCACCGUGCCUCGGGCGAGGAGGCCGCCCAUGUCGCUCUCGCACGCGUUCCAGCCGCUGGUGACGACAGACUCUGCCGACGACGACGUCAAGUCGGACGAUACGCCUGCCAGUCCGAGCCUUCAGCAGCAGCGAGGCCCCAACCGCCUGCCGCCGCCAACCAGUCUGCGAAAGGGACGGGUGCGGGCGACGCCGCUUUCCCACGCCCUCGGACGCAAGAACAGCAGAUCGGGACUCGGACUGACCCUCGACGACGCCGGCGCAACCGCCUCGCCGUCGAAGGCCUUGCCGCGCUUCGAUAGCCCAGCCAAGCCGACUCGCGGCAUCGACGUGUCUGCUCGUCCUGGACACAAGCGCGCCCAGCUGAGCGAGGUCGAGCAUGCUGCCCGUCAGCGCCCCUCAUUCAUCCGCAACCGCAACUCGAUUGGACUGCAGCGCAAGAGCAGCUUCGGACUCAACAACGACCCCGAAUCGAACGACGAAGCGGUCCCGAUGACGCCGACCAGGACCUCGACCCCGCUCAAGUGGUUCGAAGCUGCCCAGGUCGUCACUACACCAUCGCCCUCGUCCCGACGACAGGCAGCCCAGCAGCUGCGUGCUCAGCGGCGCAGCCUGAUCCAGGGUGGCCGUCGCGCCUCGCAGCUGUCGGAAUCGUUCGCAGCCCACGACGGCCCGGCGUCGGCCGCAAACGUCGACAACGAAGCAUCCCUCGCCUUCGCCGGCCCGGACGGCCCGGGCACCCCGAGCGGCACCACCGCUUCGCUCCACGGCAUCGAUGUCGCCGCCGGCAGCCGCCUGGAGCUGUGCUUCACGAUGGAAUCGAUUCUCGGGCAGGGCGAGUUCAGCGAGGUCGUCAAGGCCGAGGACAAGGUGACCGGGAUGGCCUAUGCGGUCAAGCGGAUGAAGAAGGCCUACAGCGGGCCGCGCGACCGCCUUCGAAGGCUCGAAGAGGUCGAUGUGCUCCGCCACCUCUCCAAGGAUCGCGGCCACCCCAACGUCAUUGGCCUCAUCGAUGCGUGGGAGGAGGGCGGCCACCUCUUUGUCCAGACCGAGCUGUGCUCGCUCGGCACGCUCGCCUUCUUCCUCGACCAGUACGGCGACUCUGUCGGCUCGCUCGACGAACCGCGGCUGUGGAAGAUCCUGGCCGAGCUCUCUUCCGGCCUCGCACACAUCCACGGCAACGGCAUCCUUCACCUCGACCUCAAGCCAGCCAACGUCUUCAUCACGGAGCUCGGCACGCUCAAGAUUGGCGACUUUGGCAUGGCCACGCGCUGGCCGCCGCCGGACGCGAUGACGAUCCUCCGUGGUGCCGCGCUCGAGGCGACCGACGCCGCAUCGGCGCCCAGCAAGCUCGGGCAACUCGAAGGCGUGGCCGCGCUGGCCACCCGUCGCCCUCACCCGACGAGGGGCUGGAGCCUGGAGCGCGAGGGCGACCGCGAGUACCUCGCGCCUGAGAUUAUGCGCGAGGGCCAGUACGGCAAGGCGGCCGACAUCUUCAGCCUGGGCCUCAUCCUGCUCGAGGCUGCCGGCAACGUGCAGCUGCCCGACAACGGCGAGCCGUGGCAGAAGCUGCGCAACGACGACUUUUCCGACCUCGACCUGCGCGAUCGCAGCGGCACGCUGCUGCGCAUGCUGUCGAGCCUGCUGGCCUCGGACCCGGCGCGCCGGCCCACGGUCGACGAGAUUGUCGAGCACCCGGUCAUGGCAGUCGUGCGCACGCGGAUGGCCAGGGGUCUGCUGACCAGCGAGCUCGACCAACUGCCCGAGAUCGACCUGCCGCACUCCGAGUCGGGCCUCACCGCCAGCGCCUCGACCAACUCGGUAUGCAGCGCCGCCUCGAACCGGACCGCCGGACGACGCAGCGAGCUUGGAGGCGACCCAGACGACGGCGACGGCGCAUCGGCAUCAGCAUUGGCAUCGGCAUCGGCGCUGGGCCUUUCGGGCAUCCCUGCAUCGGCCUCGGACCGUACCACGACGUCGACGUGCAGUUUGGCAUCGGCGUCGUCGAAUCUGGCGCUCAACGUGCGCGGCGCUCUGAUCCAGGAGCCCGAGGACGACUUUAUGCGCGAGGUGGUGGCGGCCGAUCCGGUCGAGCAGUCCCUCUCGCACUCGGCGUACCCGUACGACUCGUCGUUUUCCUCGACUGCCUCGUCGUCGUCGUGCGCCUCGCCCACGCCGCAGUCGAGCCAGCUGGGGAUGCGCAGGCCGCUCGCCGACAUUCAGCCAUGCAGCAUCGGUGGCGUUGGGGGCGGUAGGCCGCGCUACAGCUCGGAUCUCGACGACGGGGACAGCGUGCAUCGCACGGGCUCCCACCAUCUGGCGGCCGAACAGCAGUGGGUCGACGACAUGGACCUCGACGACGACGUCGACGCCAGGGCCAUGUGA